AUGCGUCACGCUGGGAACACUGAGACUUGUACUUGUACUAAUGCGCACGAAAUGGAGAGAUGACCGCGGCAGAGCCGCUUUUGGGGGCGCACGGUUUUACUGUGUCAGAAAGGAAACACAAACGUGCGUGUGUCUGGAAAUAAAGGUCUCACGCAGGUCAGUUGUUCCACAAAAUCCGUGGGUCUGCCGUAAGCGCGUGAGUGACAGGCUCUUCCUCGCGCGUCCUGUCUCUGGGGAGUGGAGGUUGGGCGGUGCGAGCUGAUCCGUUCACUUCAGACGAGGACACGCAGCAUUAGGCGCGCGUGGGAGCGUGGAGGAGGGCUUCACCAGUCGCUCUCGAGCAGGGAGUGUGGGGGAGAAAGCCAGCCGUUAGCGCAGCGCGGGAGACCUAUGCAUCGGAUUUGGAUUUUGUUUCUUUGUUCGCCACCGGAGCGAUGCUGCGGAGCCUCGUGCUGUUUUUCAGCGUGCUGGGCGCUUGCUGCGGAUCAAGUUUCCCAAGCAACAUCAACAUAGGGGGGCUGUUUCCUGCGGACUCGCAUGAGUAUGAAGCGUUCCGCUUCGCGCUCUCACACCAGCAGGAUGUCCCCAAGCUCGUGCCGCAGGUGGACAUGGUCAAGAGCGGGAACAGUUUCUCUAUGACUUAUGCAUUCUGUUCCCAGUUUGCUAAGGGUGUGUAUGCAAUCAUCGGCGUGUAUGACCGGCGCACGGUGAACAUGCUCAUGUCGUUCUGCGGAGCGCUGCACGUCUGCUUCGUCACGCCCAGCUUCCCCGUCGCUGCUGCCAACCAGUUCGUUAUCCAGCUCAGGCCUCAGCUGCAGGGGGCGCUACUGAGCAUCAUCGAGUUCUACAGGUGGACACGCUUCACCUACCUCUACAGCUCGGACUCAGGUCUCACCAUGCUGCAGCGGGUGCUGGACAGUGCAGCGGAGCGCGGUUGGCACGUGGUGUCGGUGAAUGUGGAGAGUGUGUCGGAGGCGUCCUUCUCUAAACUCUACCUGGACAUGGAGACGCGCAAGGAGGGACACGUCAUUAUCGACUGUGAGAUGGACAGACUGGCCUCAGUGCUGAAGAAGAUUGUUGAACUGAGGAAGAAUGUGAAGAACUUUCAUUACAUUCUUGCAAAUCCUGGCUUUUUGGACAUUGAUCUGUUGGAGUUCAAGAAGGGCGGGGCCAAUGUGACCGGAUUUCAGCUGGUGAAUGGGGAGGAUCCUUCUGUUAGCCACACCCUCCAGCAAUGGCUGCAGUUUGAGACGAAAGAUGCCAAAGCUCCUCGAAAGGGCCUGAAGUACACAGGAGCACUGACAUAUGACGGGGUGAAAGUCAUGGCAACAGCGUUCCAGAAUCUCAGACGACAGCGAAUAGACAUCUCUCGCCGUGGCAACGCAGGAGAGUGUCUGGCAAAUCCUCCUGCACCCUGGGGCCAGGGCAUCGACAUCCAGAGAGCCCUACAGCAGGUCCGUAUUGAUGGGCUAACAGGUCACAUCCAGUUUGAUGAGAAGGGCCGCCGGAUCAACUACACGCUGGGGGUGAUGGAGCUGAGAACAGCAGGACCCAAGAAGGUGGGCUACUGGAAUGAGAAUGAGAAGUUUGUUCCUACGUCCUUUCCUCCUGGCACCAACGAGACCAACGGUCUUCAGAAUCGGAGUUACAUUGUCACCACCAUUCUUGAGUCCCCCUAUGUGAUGCUGAAGAAGAACCACGACCAGCUGCAGGGGAACGAGAGGUACGAGGGCUACAUUGUGGAGCUAGCGGCGGAGAUCUCUAAGCACGUGGGCUACCGCUACGACCUCCACAUUGUCUCCGACGGCAAGUACGGCGCCAAAGACCCCGACACCAAGCAGUGGAACGGCAUGGUCGGGGAGCUGGUGUAUGGGAAGGCGGAUGUGGCGGUGGCUCCUCUGACCAUUACACUGGUCAGGGAGGAGGUGAUUGACUUCUCCAAGCCCUUCAUGAGCCUGGGCAUCUCCAUCAUGAUCAAGAAGCCCACCAAGUCCAAGCCGGGCGUGUUCUCCUUCCUGGACCCGCUGGCCUACGAGAUCUGGAUGUGCAUCGUGUUCGCCUACAUCGGUGUGAGCGUGGUGCUCUUCCUGGUCAGCCGCUUCAGUCCCUACGAGUGGCACGCCGACGACAUGGAUGAGGGGGCGGGGCCACAGGACAGCCAGACACCAGGCUCCGCCCCGUCGGUUCCACAGGCCACUCCCACUCAGGAACAGAGUAAUGAAUUUGGGAUCUUCAACUCGCUUUGGUUCUCACUGGGAGCGUUCAUGCAGCAAGGCUGCGACAUCUCACCAAGGUCUCUGUCGGGGCGUAUUGUUGGGGGUGUGUGGUGGUUCUUCACCCUGAUUAUCAUCUCGUCCUACACGGCUAACCUGGCGGCGUUUCUCACGGUGGAGCGGAUGGUGUCGCCCAUAGAGAGUGCGGAGGACCUGGCCAAGCAAACGGAGAUCGCCUACGGAACCCUCGACGCCGGCUCCACCAAGGAGUUCUUCAGGAGGUCGAAGAUUGCGGUCUUUGAGAAGAUGUGGUCGUAUAUGAAGUCUGCGGACCCGUCCGUGUUUGUGAAAACGACUGACGAGGGGGUGAUGAGGGUGCGCAAGUCCAAGGGCAAGUACGCCUACCUGCUGGAGUCCACCAUGAACGAGUACAUCGAGCAGCGCCGGCCCUGCGACACCAUGAAGGUGGGCGGCAACCUGGACUCCAAGGGAUACGGAAUCGCCACGCCCAAAGGAUCCAUACUCAGGAGCCAUGUGAAUCUGGCAGUGCUGAAACUGAAUGAGCAGGGCCUGCUGGACAAGCUGAAGAACAAGUGGUGGUACGACAAGGGAGAGUGCGGCAGCGGGGGAGGAGACUCCAAGGAUAAGACGAGUGCUCUGAGUCUCAGUAAUGUCGCUGGAGUGUUCUACAUUCUGAUUGGUGGAUUGGGCCUGGCCAUGCUGGUGGCCUUGGUGGAGUUCUGCUACAAGUCUCGUGCCGAGUCCCAGCGCAUGAAGGUAACACAACACACACACCAGAAACUGUCUGAUGCACACUGUCAAAUAUUGGCAGGGAUGGGGGGCAUGGGCGAUGGGGAGAACGGCCGACUGCUGGCCCCCGACUUCCCCAAAGCUGUGCAGAGCUGCAUGAGCCACCCGGCCGGACUGAGCCUGGGAGCUGCUGGGAUGUGAAGUGUGUGUGCAACCAAGUCUCUAAACUUAACAACCAACAUGCUAGACUUUACACUCUACACUUACAUCAACACUCUACACUUUACAACCAACACUCUACACUUACAUCAACACUACACUUUACAACCAACACUCUACACUUUACACCAACAUUUACACUUUACAACCAACACUCUAAAAUGUACACUAACACUGUAAACUUUACACUAACACAGUACACUUUACAACAACUCUCCACUCUUUACAAUCAACAUCAUAAACCAACACUCUAAAACCUCUACAAUGACUAUUGACUAAACACCCUCUACAAUGACUAAACACACUAAACCCUCUACAACGUAGGAUUACAUUCAAUACUUUACACCACUAGACAUACGUAGGAUUACAUUCAACACUUUACACCACUAGACAUACUGUACGUUACUGUACGUGUUAAAUCCCAGACUCCAGCGGGACUGAGCCUGGAUGCUGCUGGCCUUUGAGAAACACUCAACUCUACUGGGCACCCUGGACACUCAGACAUAAUGACUGUGUGUACGUGUCUGUGUGUGUGAAUGUGUCUGUGUGUGUGUGUGUGGCCUGCAAAGGUGAACACUCCUGUAGACACCUGUUACACAUAUAGUUGAAAAGCAGCAAAUGAAAGAUGCACACCGAGUGUCACUGCCACCAUAAUGGUCUGAUGCUGAAAGCUGGCCUAUCUGUUCCUCGUGCCCACUAGAGCACGUCCCCCUACCCACCCAUACUGCCUCUCUACCCUGAUAAACACAUGCCUAUACUGCCCCUCUACCUUGAUAAACACAUGCCCUCCUACAUGGCACUUCGUACUGCACUCAGCACUGAGAACUCCAUAUGCAACGUUCACUCUACACAGAGAACACAGUGUUAUCAUUCCUCAUGAUACUCUAACAAACACACACACACACAACAACACCAUAUUACA